AUGAACCAUUUGGUUGGACCGCCAGAGGGGGAGGUAAGUGAAGAGCCAGCAAAUGGAGCAGUGAACGAGUCCGUGGAGGCUGACCUGGAGCACUCAGAGGUGGAAGAGGAACAGCGGUAUGCAACUCGCUACCCAAGGCACACAAACAGCAGCCAAGGGGGCCUGUCUGGGCAGGAGGAGGAAGGGAUGUUAGCUCGGUCAGCCAGCACUGAGAGUGGUUUCCACAAUCACACGGAUACUGCAGAGGGGGAUGUGAUAGCCACAGUGGAGGACAGUUACGACACAGAGAGAGUUCAGGAAAAUGAGGAUGAGAGCGCAUACGCGGUGCAGUACAGGCCUGAGUCUGAGGAGUACACGGAGAAUGCCGAGGCUGAGCACGGCGAGGCCAUUCAUAAUCGAACAUUGCCCAAUCACUUACAUUUCCAUUCCAUUGAACAUGAGGAAGCCAUGAAUGCAGCCUACUCGGGUUAUGUCUACACACAUCGGCUCUUCCACCGAGGAGAGGAUGAACAGUAUGCUGAGCCUUACGCUGACUACGGACUGCAGGAGCAUGUCUAUGAAGAGAUAGGGGAUACACCAGACCUCGAUGUUAGGGAGGGGAUCCAGCAGUAUGAGCGGGAAAGGGAGGAAGCCGACAAUUACCGCAAGGAGGCCCUUGGUGCCCGCCUUCACCAUUAUGAUGAACGGUCUGACGGAGAGUCUGACAGCCCCGAGAAGGAGGCAGAGUUUGCACCCUACCCGAGAAUGGAUAGUUACGAACAAGAGGAGGACAUUGAUCAGAUUGUAGCAGAGGUGAAGCAGAGCAUGAGCUCCCAGAGCUUAGAUAAGGCAGCUGAAGACAUGCCAGAGGCAGAGCAGAGUUUGGAGCAUGGUCAUGCUCUUGCCGGUGGUGGGCAUGAAAGUAAUGGCCAGCUCCCAGCUGGUUCUCGAGUUACGCCCGGCUCAGGAGAACCUGUACAGAGGUACAGCAAGGAAAAAAGAGAUGCAAUUUCGCUGGCCAUCAAGGAUAUUAAAGAGGCUAUCGAGGAAGUGAAGACAAGGACCAUCCGUUCUCCUUACACCCCUGAUGAACCUAAGGAGCCUAUCUGGGUGAUGAGGCAAGACAUCAGUCCAACCAGGGACUCUGACGACCAGAGGCCACUAGAUGGAGAUUCUCCAUCUCCAGAUUCUUCUUCACCUCGGGGUGCUGAAUCGUCAAGUAGUCAACAUCAGCAGGAUGUCUGCAGUACAGCAGAGGCCUCCACUAAUAAAGAGUCCAGAAAAAGCUUGGCUUCAUUUCCAACCUAUGUUGAAGUUCCUGGACCUUGCGAUCCUGAAGACUUAAUCGAUGGAAUAAUUUUUGCUGCCAAUUACCUUGGCUCGACUCAACUCCUUUCUGAUAAAACUCCCUCCAAGAAUGUGAGAAUGAUGCAAGCUCAGGAAGCUGUCAGCAGGAUCAAGAUGGCCCAGAAAUUAGCCAAAAGCAGGAAGAAGGCUCCAGAAGGUGAAUCUCAACCCAUGACUGAAGUGGACCUCUUCAUUUCUACACAAAGAAUAAAAGUACUGAAUGCAGACACGCAGGAAACCAUGAUGGAUCAUCCCCUACGGACCAUUUCUUACAUUGCAGAUAUAGGAAAUAUAGUUGUUUUGAUGGCUCGUAGGCGAAUGCCACGGUCUAAUUCCCAGGAUAACGUGGAAGCAUCUCACCCUUCCCAAGACGGAAAGAGACAGUACAAAAUGAUUUGCCAUGUCUUUGAGUCUGAGGAUGCACAGCUAAUUGCACAGUCCAUAGGUCAAGCAUUUAGUGUGGCCUACCAGGAAUUUCUGAGGGCAAACGGAAUCAACCCAGAAGACCUUAGCCAGAAGGAGUAUAGUGACUUGCUCAAUACCCAGGACAUGUACAAUGAUGACCUGAUUCACUUCUCCAAGUCUGAAAACUGCAAAGACGUUUACAUUGAAAAGCAAAAGGGAGAAAUCCUAGGUGUAGUGAUUGUGGAGUCUGGCUGGGGAUCCAUUUUGCCUACAGUUAUCAUAGCCAACAUGAUGCAUGGAGGACCAGCAGAGAAGUCCGGGAAGCUGAACAUAGGGGACCAGAUCAUGUCAAUCAAUGGGACCAGUUUGGUUGGUUUACCACUCUCAACAUGUCAGAGCAUUAUAAAGGGUUUGAAAAACCAGGCCCGGGUUAAGUUGAACAUAGUUAGAUGUCCUCCAGUAACGACAGUCUUGAUCAGGAGACCGGACCUCAGAUAUCAGUUGGGCUUCAGUGUGCAGAAUGGGAUUAUCUGUAGCCUUAUGAGAGGAGGUAUAGCAGAGCGAGGAGGUGUGCGUGUCGGCCAUCGGAUCAUUGAAAUCAAUGGACAGAGUGUUGUAGCCACACCCCAUGAGAAAAUUGUUCACAUUCUCUCAAAUGCUGUUGGUGAGAUUCAUAUGAAGACUAUGCCAGCUGCCAUGUACAGACUGUUGACUGCGCAAGAGCAACCAGUUUACAUCUAA